CCCCCCACCCCAUGGAAGGGGUCAAGUGCCCUCCCCAGGGAGCCCCCAACCAGACCCCGGCGGCCACCCUCCUGGGGCACCUGCUGAGGGACCACCUGGAGGGCCGCAACGGCACCAACUCCACCAGAGCCCUGAAGCUUCCAGACGGGACCAGCGCCGCCUGGUACAUCCUCACCAUCAUUGGCAUUUACGCAGUGGUUUUCCUCUUCCGCUUGGCCAGCAACAUCCUCAGAAAGAACGACAAGUCCUUGGAAGACCUUUAUUACUCCAAUUUGACCUCCGAACUCAAAAAGAAAGGCCUCCAGGGCAAGGCGGUUAAGCACUCCGCACUGCCCAUUGGCGAGAGAGCCGCCCUGCCACCCAGCCAGGCCAGCCUGGCCCCCACGUGUGCAAGCAGCGGAACCCAAACCGAGAUCCAGGGGAUCCCUUAA